CUAAUACAAGACAUUCUACUAGGACCUUUGAAGCUGAAUCUAUCAUUCUAUCCCUUGACAAGCUGUACAUUCACUGUACAACAGCCCGGGGCUUCGCUGUAUCACUACCAACAACACAAGGGCUUCGCCUCUUUUGCUCCUUACCUCACCUCAGAUUAAGGAACCUCGGUCUUUUUCUGACCACGCUAAAGACCAGAGGCGGAGAAGAGUUCUAAGCCUCCUACUGGAGCAAGCAACUCCAUAUACUUAUCCAUCCAUCCAUCUCACACACCUUGACGACUUUGUUCCAUUCCUUUUGUUCUUCUCUCUCUCCUCUGCCAAAUUCUCUAAGCACUGCUGGCUAUUGUCCACCCAAGCCGGACAUUGCGUUUGUUACAACACGUCUGUUAUGAUCUGACGCCUGUCACAGAGUCUCUCACCACUAACGAUUUCGCCCACCAAAUCUUUCUGAAUCCACUACAUUCGAUCCAUCACAUUACCCCCUGGUGAAUCUGUUGCUAGUUCGACGUAACGUUACGAUCAGUAUCUUUCAGCCGCCAUCUCCCACCAGUUGCCAUCAUGGGGGAACGACCAGGCAUUUACGUUCAUCUGGAAAUGGGCGUCCCACUGCCCAAAAUCAUGUCCAAGGACCGACACAUUACUUAUGUAUCAAAGAGCAUGCGCGACCGAGCCAACCAAUUCCCUCGCCAACUACCUCCAACAAAUACCAACUAUCUCAACGCUCCCGCACAGUAUCAGGUUGCUCACCAACAAAUGCCAACCCAAGCCCAGCAACCACAGACCCAACCACAGCAACAGUUCACUCACCCCAUAAACAACCUCUCUCCCAAUAAUUACAGCAGAGAUCCAGUGCCGGUUGGCAUGGCCCAUGAACCCACAUAUCAGCCAUAUCGUCCUCAACAGGCACAACACCACAUCAGAGAGUAUUAUGCACCAGCUGCCCCAGCGCAACAACAGCAGCGAGAGACUCACCCCGAGGAGCUGCGACUAAGCUCCAGAUCCGCGGAAAGAAGUUCUCACGAGCGUGGAAGGUCUGCGCCCCCUCCUUUGAACAGCAGUCCCUGGGAUGUGACCUCGAACAAUUCAGGAGGCGAGCCCCAAGUUUGGAAAGCUUUGCCUGCAACGCCGAAUCAGUUCCGACUCGGAGAGGGCGACAUGCCAUGGGACGGCUGGAAUUUCCCUAUGGGAUUCAAUGAUAACAACGGAGAUGACGACAACAACGAAGGGGGAGAGAACCGCACUCGUUCGCGUGAGGCCAGCCUCCGAGCAACAUGGGGACCCGAGUUCCCAGGAGAACCAUCACGAUAUGUCCAGCCUGUGCAAGUGGAUGAUCGAGCGCGAGGCAAGGCCAAAGACAUACAGUCAUUAGCUUCAGCACUGAUGACAGUCGAUAACGGGUUUGAAGACCAGUGGUGGUAUCAGGGACCACGUCUCGUCCAUCUUGAUGGAACAACAGUCAUGGUGCCUACAGCUGUUCCAAAGUCCAGCUUUCACCCAGACCAUCAACAAAGCUCGGUAGGAUGGGCUGUCUCGCGCGAAGAAGAGCAACGACAGAAGGACCUCAAAUAUCAGCAUCAGCUACAACAGAGUCGCCGCGAACAGGAGCAGCAGCGAUAUCAGCGUAACCGACAAAGGCAUCUAUCUCUCCAGGAAGAGCAACUCGUAUCUUUUGUCUCACCAAAUACAUCUUUCCAGCCUGUAUCACCUCGAUCGAGCCUUGCAGAUAUUGUGUCGCCUUUGAGCGACUAUCCGAGUCCGCUGUCGAGUUAUGGGGGACUGAGACGAUCUUUGACCACGAGAUCAGAUGAACUUCACAUAUAGAUUCCCCUGGACGCGACCUUUACCACUGUUGGGAAAUAUGACAAGUACCGCGACGCAUUGGCUUAUGACAAAGUCAAAAUGGUUCAAUGAGGAACAUACAUGGUUCCCCUGUCAUGGCGAAAUAGUUAUUGGUUUGCGAGUCAAAAAGCUUUACCCCAGAGGAUAUUCAGGUCUCAUGAAUGAGAGAGUUACCAUGUCAUAUGUUUUCAGGCGCUCAGAAGAUGUCUAUGGUGAUCCUAUAUAGGGUGGCGUUCACAAAGGGUUUGGCAUCUUUUAGAUACCUUUUUGAUUUGGGUGCGAGGAAAAGACUUAAUUGACCGUUUAAAUGACGAAAACCGUUGUUUAGUUCUGAUAUAAUAGCUCUCGUCUAGUGAUUAUUGUGCAGUAAGCCGCUCGAAGCCGACAACAACGUGAUCAAAGUAACUGAUUCUGGGCCUUGAAGUGGGACCAAUGAAGAUAAAAGUGAAUUGAAUGUUGAUUGAGUUUCGGGCAUUCAUAGGAAGCGGCAGGAACCUCAGAUAGUGAACCAUCAAGGUGAGUGUUCUGAUAUGCGGUCAUCAUGCAUAAAGUGGUCAAGGUGAAGCUCUCACCGGGUCUUUC